UCGCACGCUGUUCCCCGCCCGCGCACCCAACACCUUGCUCUGCUUUCGUUGGUGGCCAGACAAGAUGGAGACAGCAUUCGAUGACGAUGAUUCCGAGCUCAGCGAUGCGCCUUCCACACCAGGCAGAAGCGUGCGUCCGCCAAAGGCAUUGUCGGGGGCUUCAUCGCUUAGCACGCGGACACCACCAAGAUCGAUGAAUGUCGCGAAAGGAGAACAAGGUGAGGAUGCAUCGUUCAGGGACAGCAAGAAGAAAGCUUUGUCCAAGGAGCAGUACGAGGCCAAGCACUGGGUAUACGAAGAGGUACCAGAGCGCAACAUCUUUACCGAAGACCCCAUCGUGGAACAUGGCCGAAGGAGAAGACCACCAGCAAGAGGGUCAGGUUCACUGCCGCCGACCGAACCCUCACCCGCGUCAUCGAGUGCGGCUGUCCCAACUGUGUCGUCGUCGAGAAAGAAGAGAAAAGGCAGGGCGGACACGGUAGCGCAGGUGGUCGUCGAAAGCGAAGCUAUUGCAGGGGCAGAGGCGGCCACACCUCCCGAAUCUGCUCCGCGAGCCUCACUUACCGCGACACUGCCUGCGCCAGAAGCAGAGCUCGGCCAGCAGAAGGUCCGCACAUUCAAGCGUCACACUAUGAGAAAGUACCCUCGAGAAGAGACAGCGCUGGAGAAGAAAGAAGGGCAAGAAAGACGGGCAAAGCAGACUGUUGAUAGCGAAGAGAGUGAUGUGAGAUCACACGAUCCGGCGGAGGAACACGUCGUCACAGCACAAGAGGAAAAGGCUGUCGCCGGAAGAGGCGAUGGAGAUAGCAAGAGCGGAAGCUUCAAAAUUCGUCUCAAACGAUACGGCCGCCGUACGAGCGAGCCUACUGCUGCUCACGCUAUGGCCGCAGAAGAGCACGGUCAUGAGAUCGAAGCGACUGAAGGAGGAAAUGAGAGCAAAGGAGGUCAUGCAGUAGCAGGACUGCCGAGAAAAAGGAAGAGACUACUCAGACAGCUCUCAGAUGAAGACGGCGUCCAAAAGGCAGACGACAGCGGAGAACGGCCUUCACAUCAGCGCAGCAGGAGGCGAUCUGCUGCUCGUCUUCGAGAGGCAUUUGAUGCUGAAGGCAGUCUCAACGAGAGCGAGAAACUUGCAAAGGCAAAAGAAAAGGCGAAACCCCGAGAGGAAGACGAUGGAGGCGCAUUCACAGAUGACGAUGACGACGGAGCCCUGAGCGAUGUGGUGCUGAGCGACGACGCCGAUGAUGAUGAUGGCACGGGAGGUUUCAGUGACGGAGAUGGAUCACACCAUGUCAAGGGGAAAAGGGGAAAAGCGUCCACCAAGCAGGGCGCAAAGGAAAAGAAAACAACGGAAAGCCGUCCGUCGGCUCACAAAAGCCAGCCGAGGGCAGGCAGUCAGAAGAUGGAUGAGGAAAAGGUUCGCUUGGAGACGCUCAGGACAAAGGGGGAAAGUGACCAGCCCUCGAGCUCUUCGAUGUUGCCAGCAACAAAUGUUGACGCAGCCACAGCGCCACCUCGACCUUUGUCCUCUACUCCAAACUCGAGACCCAGACCAGCCCCAAAGGUGGUCCGCAGGGUGCAGAGCGGCAUGAUGUCGAUGCUCGAUUCCCUCAUGGGCUCAAGCCCAAAGCCCACGCCUCCUCGUCCUGUCGUGGCUCGGCCGCCGCCGGGCGCUUCCGGUCAAGCUACGACUCCCAAAUCUGCAAGGCCUGCAAGUAGCGCUCACGAGCACAACAAGACGGCCACGAAUGCAGCCGCUCAGAAAUCAUCCCUCACGCCAAAGUCGUCUCCGUGGAGCAAGCCCAUCGAUGUCAAGGGGGCCAAUGGCGAGCACGUAACGGCGGCCGAGAUGGCCAAAAGGAGACAGAAGGAGCAAUAUGACCACACACAUCCAAAGGUUGAAUCUCUUUGACCUUCUUGUGGGCGCCGAGAUCACCAUGGAGUUCGAGGAAGAGACUCGCUCCAUGCUUCAUCAGGAUCCUUUUAUCUACAAGCACAAGCUCCACAGGCCGGGAAGGACAGAGGGCGCCGCGCAUCUGGCACACAGAAUCAAGGCCGAGUUGCGCGAAGCUGACUCAUUGGCUGACGGAUCGUGCCAUGAUUCGCAGUCAGGUUCUUGAGUGCGAGGUCGCCUACGAAUACAGGGUGGCUCUCGAUGAGAUCCCUUCACGUUGCCAUGGACUCAAAUCCUCUUCUGUAUUUCUGCUUGCCGGCAGAGUAGGAAUCGAUUGACUGUCAUCAAGGCUGCAUUCGUGGCAGCAGGAGAGUUCAGUCAUUUGCGCUCAGAGACGUAACGGUAUUGUGACACUGUCGAAAUCGCUGAGGACUCGCAUCAAACCAGCAUCAUACCAGUCGCUGAAUAAUUCGUAUCUGUGCUACUGAAAGUGGGG